UCCAGAUCUGUUCUUCAGAUUAGCUCUCAAACCUCCUGCUGUGAUUAUCUAGGAGUCCAGGAACUAUGGUUGAAGAGCAGUGGAAUCUCCUAUGGGAAACUGAGUGCUCCCAUGUCUGGUGCUGUUAUUCUGUCAUCCAAUGGCAGGUCUAAAUACCCAGUUUGCUUUAUUAGUGUAGUCGUACAGUCUAAAAUUGUGAAUAAAUACCAUGCAUAAGUAAACUCAUUUGGAGCAGUGCUGAGCUGGUGGUGGCACCAUUAGCAUCCAAACAGCAGUGCUGACCUCAGGGCCAGUUCCCUGCCCACACCCUACUAGAUCUGCGUGUGCUUUUUUUUUUUUCCUCAGGUUUCCCAAACUGUCUUUCUUCUGCUGUGACCUGGGCUUACAUUAACCUACCUUCCCACAGCAAUGAUGUGUUUGAAUAGUUCGCUAAUCUGGCCAGCAGUGUUUCUUCAAUUGCGGCACAGCAGUGACUUCUUUAUCAGAUUGCUCAAUGCUCGCAACUCUCUGACCUUUGGUUUUGUGAGGUUUUUGGGACAUGGGGAUUGUGUUGCAUGGUGUCGACUUCCUAACACUUCAAGGAACUCACAGGUUUCUGCAAGACCUUUCUUAUUAAAGUUCCCUGUCUUUGCUUGCCCCUGUCCUCCUCUUGGGUGACUUCAGAUUUCAGGUAUGGGGCUUGAGGUCUCAUGGCUUUGUUGUGGUUUUGGUGCUGUCUGCUCCUGAUGCCUGCGCCUCAGACAGCAAUGUCACAGCUGCCUACAAGCAGUGUGCACUUGUCAGAGGACAGAGAAAUGUCUGCUUCUCCUGAGGAGGCCUUGUUGUUGAUGGCAGAAAUAUGGAUAUUUUGGAAGCGGCUGUCAAUGAAGCAGCAGGGUGCCUGUAUUGUUGUGACUCCUGAAGAUGGUAUUUGUGGCUGGGUCUUCAUGGGGAGAACAGUAUAUGCUUAUCUUGAGAAUAUUCCAGACCCCCAGGUGGACUGCAUUCCAUGUACUGAUUCUGAAAGGUAUAAUCUUUGCUACAGAAGGGGAACAGUACAAAAAGACUGAGCUGUGCUGCCUGUGCUGGCAAGGAAUUAUUCCAUCUACGUGGUUGUGAAUAUGGGGAACCAGAAGCCGUGUAAGUUCAGUGAUCCAAGGUAACCAAGUGAUGGUUACUACCCGUACAAUACCAACAUUGUCUUUGAUUCCAAAAGGAAACUGGUGGCUUGUUAUCACAAGUACAACCUGUUUAGACAAGAAACUCAGUUUAAUUACCCAAAAGAGCCAGAGUUCAUCACCUUUGAGACUCCCUUUGGGAAGUUUGGCAUUUUCACUUGCUUUGACAUCCUUUUCCGGGAGCCCGCCGUGGUGCUGGUGAGCGAGCUACAGGUGGACACGGUGCUUUUCCCAACAGCCUGGAUGAAUGUCUUGCCCUUUCUGACUGCUGUGGAGUUUCACUCUGCAUGGGCUAUGGGCAUGGGAGUCAAUUUACUGUCAGCAAAUACUCACAACACCAUCAUGUCUAUGACAGGCAGCGGGCUGUUCACACCCCAAGGGCCGGCCAUGUACUACUACAACAGCAAGACAAAGGAGGGACGUCUCCUGGUAGCAGAGCUGAGCGCACGACCUCGUCUUUCUCCUAACUAUCCUGCUGCAGUCAACUGGAGCUCAUAUGCUACAAGUGUCAAAAACUAUUCAGGAGAAAAUAAGACCUUUUCAGGAGCUGUCCGGCGGGAUAUAUUCACUUUCAGUGAACUUAAGCACAAAGCUGGAAAUCACACAGUCUGUCAAAAAGACCUCUGCUGUCAUUUGACCUAUCGGAUGUCAAAUAAAAGUAAAGAUGAAGUUUAUGUACUGGGCGCAUUUGAUGGGCUUCAUGGCUCUGUCAUAAAAUACCACUGGCAGAUAUGCACCCUGCUCAAGUGUAAGAGCACAGACCUGAGCACGUGUGGGCAGCCAGCAGAAACUGCACAGACUAAGUUUGCCAUGUUCUCCCUCAGUGGCACAUUCAGCACUAACUAUGUCUUUCCAGAAGUCUUGUACAGUGGUGUGCAGUUGGCCCCUGGGGAAUUUGAGGUACUGUCUGAUGGACGUCUGCAAAGUAAGAAUGGCACAUCGAAACCACUCUUAACAGUGACGCUUUUUGGGAGGUGUUAUGAAAAGGACCUGCCUCAUCCCCUGCGAAGCUUCCUGUGAUGUAACUCCCUAAAUGUUAAUCAGUCAGCAUAGGCAAGAUGAGAAUUUCCCACAGUGAUCCAUAAGCUUCUCAUGAUUUGUAACAGUUAUCCUGUAUCAUUCAUAUCCUUCAAUCUUAUUCUUCUGCUUAGUAGCCGGGGCAGAUGAGUUUAUUUAGAAGAUCAGUGGUCACUCUAUUGUGGACCUAGAUCAGCAGUAUCCUACUGUACUAGUGCUUGAGCCAGUGCAUUUGUUAUACUCUGUCAUAUGAAAACUCUGAUUAGAAAUUAUUAUAUUUUUCAAAAAUAUAACAUAGGUUGCUAGAAUAAUCCUAGUCAUAAGACUGAUGCUGAGAUGUGUGGAAUAUGAAGUUGGCCACUUUUCUGUCAAACGAAUCUUCCCCAAAGAAA